GAACUCUUGGAUUCUUCGGAUGAGAUAUCAGAGGUGUUCGCGGCCCCACCACCAAAGCGCCACAUCCAUAUCAUAGUGGAUGCGCCAUACCUUGGAAUUUACUGCUGGGUACGAGGCAGCACUGCCGCGGACCGCUUUCGCAUUUUAAUCCACUCGAAUGCGUCAAUCGAAGAUCUCAAAGACCGUAUCCAGGAGAAAGAUCCACAACUUAAGAACGUGGCUCAAUAUCGUAUGCGCUUAUACAGGAUAUCGGAAUCCGACCGUGAAUUACGUGAGAGUCUUGAUACUCUGGACGCCGGUCACUUGCUCGACCAAACCAUACCUCUAUCCGAAUAUUUCCUGGAUGUACCAGUUCUUCAAGGUCUUUGUGUUGUUCUCCAAGUGUCCUCUGACUUUAAUAGGUCAGCGAAUAAUCCUCCUUGGCGUGUUAACCACUCCACUGAAGGAGGGGACCCGAUUAAAGUUGCACGGGACACCUUCGUCGCAGAUAUCGCCGCCUAUUCAAAGACAGCGAAAUCGCAAUCAAGGUCAAAGAGAUCACCCUCUCCUUCCAGUGAUUCGAAGCCCUCCUCGUUUCGUGAUCGACAGAAGACCGAAAAGGUACAAAUAGCCUGUGGUCGUCCUCGUGAUGUUGAGGAAGUUAUCCCUGUCACACUGUUACAUCGGGUCUUCGCCAAAUUCAUCGAUAGUUGCCAGACUCACACGAUAACAGAAGAAGACAACAACCUCGUCAGUGAACUGGCUGAUGCCAUGUCAGCCCUGUAUGAAAAUGAACACCAGCGAGUGAUUGCGCUUAACGUGGUCCUUGCAAAGUGCCAGGCACUGCAGUAUGUGGUGGAUGCCACUAUGUGUGUCACCGUUCGUGACAAUCUACAUCCUUAUGUGAUUGCCGAGUUCAAAAACGAAGCGACGGCCUCUAAUUCGGACCCAUAUGUGCAGGCUGUGGCUUACUAUCUGGAGUUGACGAAAGGGUAUGCACCUACGUUGUCGGGGUGCGCUUUACCGUGUUUACUCCUCAUAAUUUUCGGACCGUACAUUGUCUUCGCCGGUGCUGUGUGGACGUUGCGCCCUGCCGUGCAGAUCCUUUCGAGCCCUCUAGCAUUCCACUAUCAUUCCACCGAUACCAAUAGUCAGAUUGCCGCUGCACGUCACAUGGCUGCAUUCCGCGAGGCGGUCAGAUCGCUCGAGAGAUAUUACGAAACACUCCCUUCUGCAUCUGAACUUGCCAACACGCUGUCUCACCCUAUACUAUUCCCGCAUGCGAUCUGCAUCAAAUUCGUCCGAAGUUAUUCAAAGGCUGCUCAUUUGCAUUUUGCGUCAUUAGGCCUCGCCCCUAGAUUACGAGGGUUCGAAGAGCUCGCAGGUGGUUGGUACAUGGUGAUCAUGGAUAGGCUCGGAAUAAGGGGCCAGCUGAUGACACUGCACGAACUCAAGUUGGUCCAUGGUGAUGUUCGUGACACCAACAUCUUGGUGAAGACAGACGACAGGACGAAGGUCAUGAUCAUUGACUUUGACUGGGCUGGGAAAAUAGACGAAGUCCGCUACCCGCCUUAUGUGAAUUAUAUGGAGAUAUGGAGACCAGAGGGAGCGAGAGAUGGGAACCUUAUUAAAGCAGAUCAUGACAAAGAGAUGCUUGAUGCCAUCAUUACUCGCAAGAGCAAACAAGAGUAGGAAUACCAAGGCCCUCCGGGCGCUCCUGGACGCAUUUGGAGAAAGCAUGUGAUGUAUUUACUCUUUUCGACAGGGUACAUGUGAUCUCUAAUACAUAGCCUCUAUGAGUUCAGUUGACAUUUCUUGUGAUUUAUAUUAUAUAGUGCCUGUAUGGAGGAGAUUUAUGGUGAUGGAGGCCACUGAGCUUUAUGUUGGGUGGAAGAUGAUGUAUCUGUUUGAAGCUGUCAGAUAUAGUUUUGUGUAUUCUGCUUUUUGAAUACCAUUCAUUGUUCAAUAUCAAC